UUGUCGACUGAUAAUAACUCAAAGACACAUUGAACCUCCAUUACGGAGCACUAUGAGUGCCUGGUCAAACUAAAACCUUCAUUUGUCGACCCUUGUUGAAGAUUUUACCGUGAGCUCUGUAUAUAUUGACAAACUUUGGUUGCUCCCUUCACAUGCAGAGACAAGUAGCCAAUUAAAAGAUUUGUGAUAAUUGUCUAUGUUUUCUUCUAGUUUUCAUUCUGUUUACUGAGCUAACUGGGAGAAUUGAAAUCAAGUUACAUGCAGAAAAUGAGUUCAGAUGAUGGAAUUUAUCACCAUCAUCAUUCUGGCAAAGAGGUUUUAGGAACCGAUAAAGUGCCCCAUAUCGGUCCAUUGAGUGGCUCUUUGAACAAAAGGGCAGGGCGGAAAGGUUCCCGGUUUAACCUCCCCGGCUCAAGUUCUUCCAAAGGCGAUGACUAUGUUGAGAUUACCCUGGACGUUGGCGAUGAUUCCGUGGCGGUUCACAGUCUAAAGGCAACAAAUGGAGAUGAUUUGCAAGACGACGCUGAGCUAACUUUGCUGGCUAAAGGUCUUGAGAAGAAAUCUAGCGUGGGUUCAUCAAUGGUGAGGAAUGCUUCGGCAAAGAUUAAGCAAGUGGGACAAGAAUUGAAGCGCUUAACAUCGUUAUCCAAGAAGCCUUCUCGCUUUGAUAGGACAAAGUCUGCAGUAGCUCAUGCUCUAAAGGGGCUUAAGUUUAUAAGCAAGACUGAUUGUGGACAUGGAUGGGUUGCUGUGGAGAAGCUGUUUGAUGAAAUUUCUGCUUCUAACAAUGGAGUUUUGCCUCGUUCACGAUUUGGCGAAUGCAUAGGAAUGGAGUCAAAGGAAUUUGCUGGGCAGUUGUUUGAUGCUCUUGCUCGAAAACGAAACCUUCAAUUUGAUUCCAUUGAUAAGGCUCACCUCAAAGAGUUUUGGGAUCAGAUCUCGAAUCAAAGCUUCGAUGCCAGGCUUCAAACUUUCUUUGACAUGGUGGAUAAAGAUGCAGAUGGAAGAAUUACUGAGGAGGAAGUUAAAGAGAUUAUCAGUCUCAGUGCCUCUGCAAACAAACUCUCAAACAUCCAGAAACAAGCUGAGGAAUAUGCAGCCUUGAUUAUGGAAGAAUUAGACCCUGACAACCUAGGAUUCAUCAUGAUACACAAUCUGGAAAUGCUCCUGUUGCAAGGACCAGACCAAUCUGUAAGAGGAGAAAGCCGGAACCUUAGCCAAAUGCUAAGCCAGAAGCUUAAGCCUACAUAUGACUACAACCCAGUGAGGAGAUUCUACCGAGACACCAUGUAUUUCUUGCUAGAUAACUGGCAGAGAGUGUGGGUGAUGGCCCUCUGGAUUGGGGCCAUGUGUGGUCUGUUUACAUACAAAUAUAUCGAGUAUCGACAGAGGGAAGAUGUGUUUGAAGUAAUGGGGCAUUGUGUUUGCUUUGCCAAAGGUGCCGCUGAGACACUUAAAUUGAACAUGGCUUUGAUAUUGCUACCAGUCUGUCGUAACACCAUAACCUGGUUAAGGAACAAGACCAAGUUAGGAGCUGUUGUUCCUUUUGAUGACAACCUCAACUUCCAUAAGGUAAUUGCAGUUGGAAUUUCAAUUGGGGUUGGCAUACAUGGGAUUUCCCAUUUGGCAUGUGAUUUUCCCAGACUGCUUCAUGCCACACCUGAUGAGUAUGAACCAAUUGAAAAAUAUGUUGGAGAACAAGCCAAGAGCUACUGGCAUUUUGUGAAGCAUAUUGAAGGGGUAACUGGGGUUAUAAUGGUGGUUUUAAUGGCCUUUGCUUUCACGCUCGCCACGCCUAUGUUCAGGCGGGGUAGGAUGAAGCUUCCAAAGCCUCUAAACAAGCUCACUGGCUUCAAUGCCUUCUGGUAUUCUCACCAUUUAUUUGUCAUUGUUUAUACUCUCCUCAUCGCGCAUGGAAUCAAGCUCUUCUUGACCAAGAAAUGGUACAAGAAAACAACUUGGAUGUACUUGGCAAUUCCAGUUUUCCUAUAUAUAUGUGAAAGAUUGACAAGAUUGCUUAGAUCAAGCAUCGAGGCUGUUACCAUACAAAAGGUUGCUGUUUAUCCUGGAAAUGUACUAGCACUUCACAUGUCAAGGCCCCGUGGAUUUAGAUACAAGAGUGGACAAUACAUUUUUGUUAAUUGCGAUGUUGUGUCGCCAUUUGAAUGGCACCCAUUUUCCAUUACUUCUGCACCGGGAGAUGACUAUGUGAGUGUUCAUAUUAGGACACUUGGUGACUGGACGGGACAACUCAGGACUGUAUUUUCAAAAGUGUGUAAACAACCUACUAAUGGCAAAAGUGGCCUCCUUAGAGCCGAUUGCUUGCAAGGAAACAACAACCCAGAAUUCCCAAGAGUGCUAAUCGAUGGGCCAUAUGGAGCACCAGCACAAGACUACAAGAAAUAUGAAGUGGUUUUGUUAGUGGGUUUGGGGAUUGGAGCAACCCCCAUGAUCAGCAUUGUCAAGGACAUUGUACACAACAUCAGAUCCAUGGCGGAGGAUGAAGAUGAAGAACUGAGCAGUGCCCUGGAAAAUGGGGUUGCCAUAAAUAAUAAAACGAGUUCUCGAUCUCCACCAAAUCCAAAAACAAGAGAAAACUUCAAGACAAAGAGGGCUUACUUUUAUUGGGUAACAAGGGAACAAGGCUCUUUUGAUUGGUUCAAAGGCAUCAUGAAUGAAGUAGCUGAAAUGGACCAUGAUCAUGUCAUUGAGCUCCAUAACUAUUGCACCAGUGUUUACGAAGAAGGUGAUGCUCGCUCUGCGCUCAUCACCAUGCUCCAGUCUCUCAACCAUGCUAAAAACGGUGUCGAUGUCGUCUCUGGUACACGUGUAAAAUCGCAUUUCGCCAAGCCAAAUUGGCGCAGUGUCUACAAACACAUUGCUGUUAAUCACAACAACGCUCGAGUUGGUGUGUUUUAUUGUGGGGCACCGGCGCUAACCAAGGUGCUAAGCCAGCUAGCUUCAGAUUUCUCUCACAAGACCUCCACCAAGUUUGAUUUCCAUAAGGAGAAUUUUUAAUCCACUUUUCGGAUAAGGAGACGAGGUUAAAUAAUAAAAUGAUAGUCUUAAGCUAAAGCUCACUUUGAGAAACUUGUGUACACCUUUGAUCCCACUUCUGUCUUGGUUGUAUAAAGUUCUUCGGCCCACUUUUCUUGACCACCUAUAACAUGUUUCUAUUAUCUAUCAAAAAUAUCAAUAAAAAGUUGGACCACCAUAUUGGCUUA